CCACAAGGCAAACCUUUCCCGUUCGAACAGCACGUGAAUCUUGCUUCAUAACUAUGUAGCCAACACAAACUGUCAUGACACACGUACAGCGGACGAAAGUUCCACUAGUAUUUCACCUGCCACAAAAUGACGGACCCGAAGAAGCUGAGAGAUCGCAAGACAAAUAGCUGCAUUUCGUGUGUCCAGCAAAAGUAAGGCACGUCUAGAGAGCACCGCAUGGGCAGGAGACUGAAUAAGCCACAGGAGACAAUGCAACCGAGAACAUCCAUGCCAGCAAUGCAUCAAGCGUGACAAGCCGCGUGAGUGCGUAUACCAACCUCACCGGCCUGUCCUAAUCUCGAGGUCUCGGGACAAGCCGGGCUUUCAGAAUUAUCUUAGUCAGCUCGAGCAGCAACCCUAUAGCCCCGAAAAACAAUUGGGCUCGCCAAAUGCACCCAACAUUUACCAAGAGGAUGGCGCGGAGCUGGAACAUUACGUACGGCACCUAGUUUCUAUGUCAGUUACGGAUGGAGAGGACAUAGUUGAGCUCAUCCUCCCAAAGCUUCUUCAAACGGGAGACUUGGUUACUAGCAUUCUUUUUGAAAGAAGUAUUGUUCAAGAAUGGAACAGUCUCCGCAAAGAUCCAAGGGCAAUGCCUCCAUCCGUGGCCUUCUCCUUCCUGACUCUGGUUUAUGGCUCGGUUGCCUUGACGGCACUGUACUGCAUCCUUCUCGAGGAGUCGCUGCCAGGGAAUAUGGGUCCGGCGGAAAUAAUACUCAACAUUUGCUUAACGAAUUGCCUCCAGUGUUGGCAACACAGUGAUCCUGACAGGCCCGGACAAUACAAAGUGGAGGCCGCCAUUGUUCGGCUCGCUGUCACGGUAUAUCAUCAAUCAGAUCUGCAGCGAGCGUACACGGCCCUUGGACAUGCCAUUGCAUUAGCCGAGUCCUCUGGCUAUAGGGAAUCCGAUGUUUUACAUCCUUCGGAUUUCAAAGGUGAACUGCGCAGACGGGCUUGGUUGCUUCUGGAGAACUUCGACUAUCGUAUCUGUUCGUCCUUCGGAAGGUUACAAAGAAUCAGCCAUAAGCAGCGCAAGCUUGAGCUGCGAAAUCUCUCAGAGACGAGCUUUGAUGCCUAUUCGACCGAACUUCCCUUACAACGACGACUUGAUCAGCUUACACGAGUCCUGCCGCUCAUUCUGAUAAGCGCUAUCCGGAAUGUAUCAGCCAAAAUUACACUAGAUAUUUUCGGUAGAGACGAUAUCACGUCCAAAGACAUUCAAGACUUUGACCAAGAGCUGGAUGCAGUGUAUCAACGGGUUCCUAAAACUAUCACAGGUGACCCUGUAAAGGUUCUCCAGCUGCAGUAUACAAUAGCGAUUAUUUAUCACGCAGCUAAAAUAGUUCUGCAUCGAUGGUCUGUUCUAGACGAGAAUAUGGACAGGUCAGAUCCAUAUGCCAAUCACUCCAGAGGGCAAUGUAUUGGGUCAGCCGUGGAAAUCAUGAAGAUACAAAAAUCCCUGCUGGAUAAUCGUCGCUCGCACCACAACCGCUGGGAGCUCGACCCGCUUACCAUGUACGACUUCCUCUUUGCGGGAAUAAUUUUGUGCCUAGAGUUGUCGUACCUGAUACGCCCUCAGCGCCUAUUUCACCGCGAUGUACUCAGACCAGAGAUUUUUACCAGAACGGUUCUUCAUCAAUUGCUUAGUUACUCUUUAGAAUUCUGGGGAGAGUCACGCAGCUACGGAAUUCCCCUAGAUAGAGUCCGAAUCUGCGCGAUAUUCACUCGAUGUGUGAAGGAAGUUGAGAGUCACGCAGAACAGACUGGCCACCAUGCGGAUCCAUAUUUCAACAGAACUGGUUGAAAUGGCCUCAUGACCCUUGAAGGCAGGUUUGCCUUGUCGACACCUGGUGU